CCCAUAUCAGUUGUCGUAGCUUUGAACUGAAAGAGAGACAUUUAAACCGUGAGCUGUCUAGGAAGUCGACAUAGUGUUUAGGCACAGAGCCACUGUUAAAUGUGGUGUGGGACACUGAACUAUGCAGUAUGUCUCCAAAAGGAACUCUAUUACCUAUUUUGUCAGUGAAAGAAGUCCCACCUUGACCUCCGCCAAAGAGACAUGCCCACACAACUUUGCUGAAAUAUUGCCCACGGAAAUGAGCUUGAAGAUUUUCAGCGAACUGGACAUUGACAGCUUAUGUAGUGCAUUGUUGACUUGCAAACUGUGGCACCACAUCAUUGAAGACAGUGACCACCUCUGGAGGAAUCACUGCCUGACUGUGCAAGCUUUCUGUCAACAGGAGGUUGAUGGGGACAGACAGUAUGGACUGUCGUGGAAGGUCACCCUGGUGCGGAACUAUAGGAGAGGUUUUCUGAAGAGAGAAUGGUUAAGGGGACGAUACAGCAACAUUCAUUCAGCCGAUGAACUACUGGACAGGAACAUGUGCUCAUUGGAUGUCGAGACUUGGGGCGAGAUUCUGGAUGCAGAGCUGGAGAGAUAGAUGCAAUGCUAUAAAGAGAUAUGGCACCAUGAACAUCGGAGGUAUCACCCUCCCUCUGGAGCAGCAGUCCAAAGACGAGGAGUCAGUGGUGUACCAUGGACAUUAUGACACAGAGGGAGUGCCUCACACCAAGAGUG